GUUGUGGUUUUAUUUUGCAAAGUGUGGCGGAAGUAGUAGCUGCCAGUUGAGCGGACUUCACGCUGCUCUCGGUUAGCAAAGGGAAUUACAGCUGGAUCCAGAAAGUUCUCCAGAGUCCAAUUCUGUGGACGGAGCAGAGGUGGACUGACACAGUGAACCACCGGAUGUGGAUUUGAAAGCGGAAAUGGAGGCAAGAAGAGAAGGUUUACCUCCAGAUGUCCAGAAGGUAAUAGUUGGUGAUGAAGAGGAGCAGGAGGGAGUUUUCAUCAAAGAGGAACAGGAGGAGGUCGACAUCAUCAAGUUCACAUUCAGUCCUGUAGCUGUAAAGAGCGAAGAGGAUGAAGAGAAACCUCAGUCCUCUCAGCUUCAUCACACCCUGACUGAGAAGCUCAGAGACUCUGUGGGAGGAGAGGAUGCUGGAAGACCAGCACCAGAUCCAGGUUUAGAUCCUGAGGAUAAGGACAUGGAGACGGAGGUCCAUGAAGAAGAUCUGGAGGAGAGCAGUGAACCUUCAACAGGCUCAAGCUCGGAGGAAAGUAAAGUGCUCGCAGGUGAUAUGAAAUGUGUCUCGGGCGAAGAAGCGCUCAUCUGUACUGAAUGUGGGAAAUCGUUUAAGCGCAUGGCGCACCUGUUAAGACAUAAACGGAGCCACACAGGAGAGAAACCGUUCGGUUGUCCGAAGUGCGACAAAAGAUUUGUUCAGAGCGGAAGUCUUAAAAAACACCUUUGGACUCACACGGGCCAGAAACCAUUCAGCUGCUCCGAGUGCGGCCGAUGCUUCAUGGAGAAGGCGGCGCUGACGAACCACAUGACGCUUCACACGGGAGAGAAACCGUUCAGCUGCUCCGAGUGCAGCAAACCCUUCAGCUGCCGCUCGGCCCUGAACGCUCACAUGAAAAUUCACAGUGGGGAGAAGAACUUCAGCUGCAGUACCUGUCUCAAGACGUUCACCUGGAAUUAUCAGCUGAACAGACACAAGUGUAUCAGUCCGAAACCAGCCCGAAACCGAGUGCUAAUGCCCCGGCCUCACAAUGACAAAGUAGUUGUGUUUGUACACUUCACUUAGUGAUUGCAGCAGCUGAGUUAUGACGUUGAUUUGAAACAUAAAUAUGAUUUCAUGUUUCUUUGAUAAAUUACAUAGAUGCUCAGAGCGUUUUCAUUGGUCAACGACUAACUUGAGACAGGAAGAAACUAUUUUCUUCUUUUUCAGUUGAGUGUCUUUUCAGUGUGUGUUUUUUAAAAAUGCUAAGAUUCAUGUUCAGUUCUGGUUUUCUUUUGGGGGUUUGUUGGAGGCAAAAUUAAGAAGUUCAUAAGUAACGAAAACAUCCUGAUGUUGUUAGCAUCUGCAGCAAUGCUUUUUCCUGCUGGUUAUGUUAAAGUAUUUGACCAUAAUUUAAAUUUAUUUUAAUAAUUUAUUAAUUCAUAUUUGUUUUAAUAUUAGUGUUACACCUGUUCCUCCCUGUCCAUGAUGUGCACAUCAUCAUCAUUGAAAGAGUGUCCUCUGGCCCUUAGGUGUGAAUAGAGUCUGCAGAGUCUACCCGACAGUAUUUAAGGUUUGACUCUCAUCAUCUAUGGAGGACCACAAGAGCCACGUGUAUUGAAACAUUACUAAACUAAUUUAUUAUUUUGUCAUUUAAAAUAAAGACUGGAGAUUUGA